AUGAGCACAUCAAAAGAAUUUACCCAAAAUGCAACUCGAGAACUGUCUGAAGGUGAAGAGGUUACCCUCAAGGGUCGUGACGGACCAUGGAUUCAAUUCCUAACAUGGGCGGGAUGGUAUACGAAGGACAUGGACCAUCUGGAGAAGCGACUGGUACUGAAAUUGGACGUGUUAAUCCUCACAUUUGGCUGCCUUUCGUUCUUCACCAAAUACCUAGACCAGCAAGCCAUAACGAAUGCCUACGUAUCAGGAAUGAGAGAAGAUGUUGGACUCGUCGGGAACGAGCUCAAUUACAUUACGGCCGUAUUCUGGGCAGCAUACUGCGCAUCUAUGAUUCCGGCAUGUUACUAUCUGACCCGAAACCGAAUCAAUAUUGUUCUGCCUACAUUGGAAGCCGGAUGGGGUCUGUUCACGUUCGGAUGUGCAUGGGCACAGAAUCCGGGCACCAUCUACGCGAUGCGGGUUCUCAUUGGAAUCUGUGAAUCGUGUUCCUUUACUGGUGUGAUCUAUGUCAUUGGGUCCUGGUAUAAACCUGAAGAAAUCGGUCGCCGGGUAUCUUUGUUUUUCAUCGCAUCGCCUUUGGGGACAAUGUUCGCUGGUUAUCUUCAGGCGGCGGCAUAUACAAACCUGGAUAAUGCGCAUGGACUAGCGGGGUGGAGAUGGCUCUUCAUCGUCUGCACCAUCAUCACAAUACCCAUAUGUAUAUUAGGAUACAUAGCUUUCCUUGAUGUCCCCCACCGUACAAAACCACGCUUCUUAACCCAGAAAGAGCACGAACUUGCCAAUUCUCGCUUGGUAGGCCUCACAGCCCCGAGCCAGAUGAAAGUCUCCCGCGACAUAUUCAAGCGUGUUCUCGGCCGAUGGCAUUGGUAUGUCUUCGUUACUCAAUGGAUACUCAUUGACCAGAAUUUCCUGGCUUCCUCCACACCUUUUAGUCUCUACCUCAAGGAAAAGUCAGAUACUUAUUCUGUCAUGAGAAUAAAUACCCUUCCGACGAUCGCAACGGCAGUUUCCAUUGUGGCUGCCUUGAUCGCUGGGACGGCGGUGGACAAGAAAAGGAAUUUCUGGCUUCCUUCUGUUAUCACUACAAUCCCAGUUCUAGUGGGCCUCAUCAUGCUUGUUGUUUGGGAUAUAGGUGAGGCUGGGCGAUUGGCGGGCUUUAUUCUUACUGGAGCUGAGGGUGCAAUGAGCCCUCUCACAAUGAGCUGGGCAACAGUGACAAUGGCCAACGAUGCCGAGGAGCGUGCAGUCGUGACGGCCAGCAUGAAUGCUCUCGGUCAGGCCAUGUCUGCGUGGACACAAUUACUGCAGUAUCCGGCCGUCGAAGCUCCGAACUUCAGAAGAGGAUUUAUUUCGAAUCUAGCAACCACUGUGGCACAACUGGUGGUGGUUACGCUUAUAUUAUUGCUCACUCGCUGGGAUGCCCGGAGGACAAGAGGGUCAAGAGCUUCAAUAUGA